AUUUGUCCAGUGCAAGUAUAUUCGCUGUACGACGACCAAUCACAGACCGUUUUCUGGCGAACUUCGGCAGAUGUAUAUUCAAAUAUGGCUGCUCCCAGCUUGUUUGUUUGUGUUUAUAGCCUGGCAGUGUUUGUAACGCUAGUUACAUCCCUGCAGGCAUCCGAUGUCAGGGAAAAUACUCAGCAAAAUUCUAAGGAAGAAAAUCCAAAUUCUGGACAAAACCCACCAACUGACUCUGCUACCAAAGAUUCUAUAUCUCCAGAGACUGUAGUUAAACCACUUGAUGGGGAGACUGAAUCCUCAGCUACUGAUGCUACACAGAAGACACCCGAAGAAACAACACAAGUUGGUCAAGAGAAAGAACCUUGGCAGGAAUGGGUUUCUUUGUUAAUUCCAGAAUCUGUGCAGUAUUCUUUCUUGGCCUUCAUCUCAGAUCUUCAAAAGGAAAUAGAGCUUUACAUCAAAGCAGAGGAAACAAAUACUGCUGAGGAAGGAGUUCCUGUUGUAGCUGACUCAUCAACAACAAACGGAACAACAGAGAGUGGCACGACAGCAGCAGUUGAUGCAAGUGCUGAGCCCACUACAAAUACCAGCUCUAACAGUAGUGCAAUGGGGGAGAUCUCGGCUGCAGACCAAGAUAAAAAUGAGACUAUUAGUAAAAAACCACGCUUCCACUGUACAGGUAAAAACAUCACAGAGAAUACAACUGGAAGCGUACAGAUGGUGAAUGGCACCACUUUGUUACAGAAAUUAACUUUUGAGAAUAAUGCUACUGGUUCAGACUGUAUUCUUGUGUUCUUCUACGCUCCGUGGUGUCAUUUUAGUGCACAAGCUUCUCCAAGCUACAACACAUUAGGAAGAGCGUUCCCACAACUGGAUAUUGUUGCUGUUGAUGCUGUACAGUUCAGCAGCCUCAAUGCCAGAUUUGGAGUGGUAUCAGUUCCAAAUAUCAUGUUCUUUCACCACUCUAGGUCUGUGGUGCGUUUCAACAGUUCCAAAAAGACAUUUGAGAACAUGGCACUCUUUGUGAAGAACAUGACAGGACUUGAAGCUGACGCAUCUGUUGAGGUCAGUGAACAGGACAUGAUAGGACCUCUCUCGAGCAUGGCUACCACUGAACCAGACUGCCUGUUGUACCUAGCGUGGAUUUUUAUAAAUAUCUGCAGUUUGUACGCCUUCUAUUCUUCCAGCAUUGGCCAGCACAUGAUUAAUAAAAUACACACUCUUUGGCAGGAACAUCAGCAUAUUGAAUAGACAUUAGCAGCAUCUGUUUGUUUGUAAUUAUGUAUAAUUCUCGUUAAUUUAUUUAUUAAUUGUU